AUGUCGGGCCGUACGAGGUACUUGCUAGUAUCUCUGCCAACCUCAAUCACCCCAUCCAACGAUAAAGACGAGGCCCUGGCGGCACUACAAUCCACAAUCUCCGCAGACAAUGGCACAGUUCUUCCGUUUAAGAUACCCGAAUUCAAGAUAGGAACCCUAGAUACAUUGGUUCAGCAGGCAGACGACCUAGCCAAGUUAGAGAGCGCUUGUGAGGCUGUGGUGGCUAAAGUCGGGGAUUCUCUGCGCAGUCUGUUGGGAGGCGACGAGGAGAAGGUCGCCCAGCAAAAGACAGUCAAUGACAAACCUGUUGAUCAAUAUCUGCGGACGUUUACGUGGAACAAGGUUAAGUAUCGUGCCGACAAACCGUUAGCAGAGAUUGUCGAUUCGUUACAGAAGGAACUGGUCAGUAUCGACAAUGAUGUUAAGAGCAAAUUCAGCCAGUAUAAUCAGAUCAAGACAAAUUAUACGGCAUUACAGCGAAAACAGACAGGAAACCUCUCCACAAAAUCUCUCACACCUGUUGUCGAUCCCUCGCUGUUAAUCCAAGAUUCCGAAUAUCUCGAAACGCAUCUCGUCGUGGUUCCAACCAAUGCUAAGAAGGAAUUCCUGAGGAGUUACGAGACGCUAUCUCCAAUGGUUGUCCCCCGAUCAUCUAUCGAGGUUACACACGACGACGAGUUCACACUAUUCGCGGUUACAACAUUCAAGAAACACAGUGCGGAAUUCCUGCAUAAGUGCAGGGAGAUGAAGUGGACACCCCGCGAUUACAAGUACGUCGAAGGCGGAAAAGAGGAGGAACGAAAGGAACUAGAGCGGGUGAGUAGGGACGAGCGGAAGGUAUGGGGUGAGGCAUUAAGGCUAGGACGGACUGGUUGGAGCGAGAGCGUGAUGAUCUGGAUACAUGUUCUGACACUGCGGGUAUUCGUGGAAACUGUCUUGCGCUAUGGAUUGCCUCUAGAAUUUGUCUGUGGUCUAGUUAAGGUAAGAGUUGGUUCUAAAAUAGCGCCAUACUUGUCUAAAACACUAACACCCUGUAGACAAACCCAAAGCUAGCAAAGAAGGCCAAGGCGUCACUCGACUCGGCAUACUCAUAUCUCGGCGGCAAUGCAUUUGGUCGGGAUAAGAAGGGCAAAAUUGCAAAAGACGAUUCAGCACUGUCGUCAGAAAUGGCCUCUGCUGGAGUUGGGGCGCUUGGUGGGGAAGGCGGCGAGUAUACGGCUUAUGUUUAUUAUGAGUUCGAGAUCAUAUAGAGGACAUGAUUUU